AUGAGAACAUUCCUUGUAAUACUCUGUUUCAGUCUUGAAGCAUUCUUCGUUCAAGCACUUUCAAAUGUCGGAUUAGAAGGAUCUGAAACAAAAAAGUUAAAUGACUGGAAAAUCGAUGGCACUGAUAUUUCAUUAGAAGAAGAAAAAUCACCUGAUUCACAACGAAAACGAGAUCCAGGAUACUAUUAUGACAAACCAAAUCGAUUUAUCUCUAAUAAUUAUUUUCCUCCGUCAAGACAUAUAUAUACAGGAAGAGUGGUGAAUAAGCUGCAUAAACAAGUGAACCGUCCUUUCAAUCAAUAUGGACCUCCAAAACAUGGAAGUUCUUCGCCCAACCAUAAUCACCCAACAGCUACAAAUACUAUUCUUAAUCAAGAUGUACCUAUUCCAAUCAGACAAACUGAGUUCGUUGAAGAAAGUUCUAUUGCUAGUCAAAAUAAUUUACCAUUUGGUCAACAUACAGCCAAUUAUUUACCGCCAAAAAAUCAGAAACUACCUUCGUCUACUGCGCCUCAUCUAUUUUCAAAUCAAAAUCAUGACUUUCCUAGACUACACCAACAACUACAACUACAAUUACAGCAACAACAACAAUUGAAUCAACUAAAACAAGAACAACGUGAACAACAACUACUACAGCAUCAACAGCAACAAUUAAAUCACGUGCAGCAACAACAGCUCACUCAAGUACAACAAGAACAAUUUAAUCAGUUACAGCAACAAUUCAAUCAAUUACAACAACAACAAUCUAAUCAAGUACAACAACAAGACAUACAGCUGCAAAUUGGAGACCAAAAUUCUUUCGGACAAGAUUUUAAUACUUUUAGUCAACAACAAAAUGGAUUUCAUAAUCAGCAAAUAUCAGAUGCAGCAUUGUUUUUAAGUCAAAAUGCGCCAGCUAUUUCUCAACUUUACGAAACUCCAGCACAUAAUCAAAAUUAUGCACCAUACAAUCAAGAGUCUCAACAAAGAGGUCAUAAUUGGAUAACGAGUCAAAACUUACAAGUGCCAACACAAAAUGAUCUUUCGAAUCAACAGUUACCGUCUCAUUCUUCGGAAAUACUUAAUACUCAACGAACUCUUGAAGAUAUCAAAUCUCUUGAGAAAGAUAGAUUGAUAAGUCAGUUACGACUGCAACUAUCUAACCGAGAAAAUGCGGCAAGAUUUGUGGAAAAUAAUGAAGAUAUUGGUAGCACACAAAACCAACACUCAUUAUCAGAAGUCUCUCCUUUUUCACCAAGCAAUCCGUCACAAAAAUUUGAACAUAUUGGGACAUCAUUUAGUCAAUCAGAAAGUUUUUCUUCACCGUCGACAGCGAUUGGUUCAUCAGGAUAUCCAACCAUUUAUCCUCCACCUGUAGUUGUACAACCCACGAAACCUCCAGUCUUAUCAACAUCAAGUCCUCCUAUUAGCACGAUAUUACCGCCUAAUCAUAGUAAUAGUGAAUCUGGAAGUACUCAAAUUGGCUCAAGUUUACCUGCGCCAGAAAAUACAAAGCCACCAACAACUUCUGCAUAUCCUAAUUAUGGAGGAUUUGUACCAACUCUUGUUACUCCAGCAAACUUUGUACCGAACAUUCCGUCAUUUGGAACAGCAUUGUUUCCUCCUUCAGUCAUUAAACCAACUGAAAAUGCUCCAACACAUUUUGGUAUCCCCAUACCCACCUUGUUAGAUGAAAACCCAGUGCAUCCGUCGCUGAAUCCACCAACUACUUUAAAACCUACGAGCAUUUCUUUGCAACCCGGAAUUUCGACAGUAUCGAUACCUUUAGGACCGAUUCAUCAUUUCCCUAGUCACCCUCAAGUGAUAAAACCAAGUCUAAUCCCAAUAGUUCCCGCUGCUACGUCCGUUCAUCCAACAUAUGGAAUACACCCAGCAGUCAUAAAUCCAUCUUUUGUAUACAAACCUGUUAAAGUAUAUCCUGUGUAUCACUAUCCUCAUUUAGGAUAUUCUUCACCAGUGCGCAAAUCAAUAUAUUCAACUACAAUAAAACAACCCUGGAGUUAUGCACCAUCUUAUGGUCAAGCAAAACCAAUUUGGAAAUGA